AUGCACAAAGCGUAUACGUCUGAACAAGAAAUCAACAAGUACUUUGUUCAAUAUCUCGUCAUCGCCGCGUGCCAUCUAAUCGAAGCAACUGCUAGUGUUAUUGCGGCCGCUGUGACAGAAGACAUACCACCAAACAGGCGCGAAAACGAUGAUAAUUACCUCUUUAAACGGGAACUACUGGGAAUCUACCUGACAAUGGCGCCGUGGAGCCAGGCAGCACAGUACUCCAUCUUUCAGGAAGCCGGGUUGCCUGAUGGUUGUCUUAACAUUAUCCACAGCUCCCGCGAAAGCACACCUUCGGUAAUCGAGAAGAUUCUCGCUGACAAUCGUCUCAGAGAAGUCUGCUUUAGUCGCUCAUCGAAUCUUGGUAGGCAGAUGGGUAGAUUGUCAGACUACUAUUUGAAGCCUUCCGAACUGGAGGCGAGUUGA